AGAGCCGCACCCCCCCGCCCAUGUCCCCUCGUCCCUCGAUAGCACCCCCUGUUUUUUCCCAUCUCCAGCUCCAACUCUCCUGUCGUUGCCCCCACCUCUGCUCCCUUCUCGCCUCCCGCCGUUGCAGUUUGCAGCUUGGCAGUCUCCAACCCCAACCCGUCCGUCUCCCCUAGCCGUCGCCUUCACCUUCGCCUUCGCCGCGAAAUCUAGGGUUUAAGCCGCGCAUCGGGUCCCGCGCACGCACCGACCGACCACCCGGCGGUCGGCGCCGCUGGACGAGGUCGGUCAGCCAGUGUGCCUCGCGAGGAACGGCAAACCAUGUCGCAGACGAACUGGGAGGCGGAUAAGAUGCUGGAUGUGUACAUAUAUGACUAUUUUGUCAAGAGAAACCUGCAGGCUACCGCAAAGGCCUUCCAAGCAGAAGGCAAGGUCUCAUCAGAUCCAGUUGCUAUCGAUGCUCCUGGUGGCUUUCUCUUUGAGUGGUGGUCUGUAUUUUGGGAUAUAUUCAUAGCACGAACAAAUGAGAAGCACUCAGAUGUUGCAGCAUCAUAUAUCGAGACUCAGCUAAUUAAAGCAAGGGAACAGCAACACCAACAGCCACCUCAACAGCAGCAGCAACAGCAGCAGCAGCAGCAGCAGCAGCAGCAGCAGCAGCAAAUACAAAUGCAACAAAUGCUGUUACAGAGAGCUGCUCAGCAGCAGCAGCAGCAGCAACAGCAGCAGCAGCAGCAGCAGCAGCGUAGAGAUGGUUCUCUUCUCAAUGGUACUGCAAGUGGAUUUUCUGGGAAUGAUCCAUUAAUCCGACAAAAUCCAGCUAAUGCGAAUUCAAUGGCAGCAAAAAUGUAUGAAGAGAGAUUGAAGCUCCCUCCCCAGAGGGAUUCUCUGGAUGAGGCAUCAAUAAAGUUGCAGCAAAGAUAUGGAGAAAAUGUGGGGCAAGUAAUUGAUCCAAACCAAGCAUUAAUGAAAGCAGCUGCAACUGGACAAUCCUCUGGGCAAAUUUUGCAUGGGACUGCUAGUGGUUUGUCAGGUACUCCGCAACAAGUUCAGGCAAGAAGCCCACAACCACCUACGGCAAAACAGAAUAUUAGGACCGAGAUCAAUCCAGUGUUGACACCAAGAGCAGCAGGCACCGAGGGUUCAUUGAUUGGUCUCCAAGCAGGAUCUAAUCAGGCUGGAAACAAUUUAACUCUGAAAGGCUGGCCACUCACAGGACUUGAUCAUUUUCGCUCUGGAAUUCUGCAGCAGAAGCCAUUUAUGCAAUCUCCACAGCAAUUUCAGCAGCUCCAGUUUCUGACUCCACAGCAGCAGCAGCAGCUUUUGCUGCAUGCUCAGCAAAAUCUGUCUUCCUCGAUGUCAAAUGAUGUUGAUACCAGAAGAUUAAGGAUGCUUCUUAACAACAGGAAUGUGGUCCUUGGUCAGGAUGGGCAGACUAAUAGCGGUGGUGAUAUUAUCCCAAAUAUUGGUUCGCCAGGGCAAAGUGGUGGAUCACGUAAUGAUAUAGAUAUACUAAUAAAGAAGAAACUUGCUCUUCUACAGCAGCAACAGUCGCAGCAGCAAAGUCAUAGCCAGCAGCAGCAGCUUCAGCAACCUGCACUCUCUGGACAGCAGUCUCAAAGCUCAAACCAGCUUCUCCAUCAGCAUGGAAAAUCAGGAAUUGGGAGCUUGCCUGUUGAUGGAAACUUGCCAAACUCUUUUGGAUUUCCUGAACAAGGAUCAAAGAAGAGAAAGAAACCUGUCUCAUCAUCUGGUAGAGCUAAUAGUUCAGGAACAGCGAACACUGCUGGGCCAUCUCCUAGCUCCGCACCCUCAACACCAUCUACUCACACGCCAGGAGAUGCAAUGUCCAUGCCACAGCUGCAGUAUAAUGGUGGCCCUUCAAAACCAUUGAUGAUGUUUGGUUCUGAUGGCAAUGGAAGCUUGACUUCUCCAGCAAACCCAUUGGGUGACGUUGACCGUUUGUUGGAAGAUGGUUCCUUGGAUGAAAAUGUAGAAUCUUUUUUAUCGCAAGAUGACAUGGAUCCUCGAGAAACAAUGGGACACAGCAUGGAUUCUAGUAAAGGGUUGGGUUUUACUGAGGUUGCAAAAGCCCGUGCAAGUACAAACAAAGUUGUUUGUUGCCAUUUCUCAUUAGAUGGGAAACUCCUUGCCACCGGGGGGCAUGAUAAAAAGGUCGUUUUAUGGUUUACAGAUGUGCUAAAACGUAAAUCUGCAUUAGAAGAGCACUCUUUGCUAAUUACAGAUGUUCGAUUCAGCCCUGGCAUGACCCGCCUUGCGACAUCUUCCUUUGACAAAACCGUGCGGGUUUGGGAUGCUGACAAUCCAGAUUAUUCGCUCCGUACUUUUACAGGUCAUUCAGCAUCUGUCAUGUCACUUGAUUUUCAUCCAAACAAAGAAGACAUCAUUUGUUCGUGUGACAGUGAUGGUGAAGUGCGGUGUUGGAGCAUAAAUAAUGGUAGCUGUGUGACCUGUGUUAGGGUUUUCAAUGGAGGAGCUACUCAGUUAAGAUUUCAACCUCGCCAGGGUAAAUAUCUGGCAGCUGCCUCAGAAAAGGGAAUAUCCAUACUGGAUGCGGAGACGCUACAAGUUUGUAGAACUCCUUUGCAGGGCCACAUACAGAUUAUUCAGUCAGUAUGUUGGGAUGCUGCGGGCAACUAUCUAGCGUCUGUCAGUGAAGAUUCUGUCAGGGUGUGGUCAUUCACCUCGGGGAACGAUAUCGAAUGCAUACAUGAGCUGAACUGCAGCGGGAACAAGUUCCAUUCAUGUGUUUUCCACCCAAGUUACCCGAAUUUGCUUAUAAUUGGUUGUUAUGAGUCUCUAGAGCUUUGGGAUUUGAGGGAGAAGAAUACAGUGACAAUCAGCAACGCACAUGAGGGCAUGGUUGCAGCCCUAGCCGCGUCAAGUGCAUCGGGGCUGGUUGCAUCAGUGAGUCAUGAUCAGCUCGUUAAGCUCUGGAAGUGACACUGAACACAGCAACGCUUGCCUGUGUCACAUUUCCGCUGUCGUGGCAAAAGCCGAAAGGGAAGCUGACCUUAUCUCCUAGGUUAAUUUGCAACUCACUAUAAAGUAUGUGGCGGCAUGCGCAAACUAUUCAAAGAGUCGUCAUUAAUGUGCUUCCCUCUUUUUACGUACGGCUCCUCGUUUUUUUUGUUUUGUUCUUCAGAAAAAAAAAACGUUCGUUUGUUUUCUUCUCCCUUUUCCUACCACCACUACUCUUGCAUUUCCAAGAGUGUAAAAAAAACACCCAAGAAAACUUAUAUUGGCCUGGUCCAAGGACCAAGCCGUCGCCGUUGCUUUAUUGGCGCUCCUAGCCUCCGCCUCCGAUGGUUGGAAGAUAAGGUUGCAAGACGAAACGGUGUAAGGAUCAUCCAGUUAUGACUAUACUGUGGCAAAGGUUAAUCUCAGCCUGUUCA